AUGGACAGGGCGAAGGAUGUCCUCAGGAAAUGGGGGCAGAAGGCGGCUGAAGCUGCCAAGAAGGCCGAGGAUCUCACCGGAAACACUUGGCAACACUUGAAAACAGGUCCGAGUGUCACUGAUGCCGCCAUUGGCAGAAUCGCUCAAGGAACAAAGGUCCUGGCAGAAGGAGGUGGGGAGAAGGUUUUCCGGCGUACUUUCGAGACCAUUCCCGAGGAGAAAUUGUUGAAGUCGUAUGCUUGCUACUUGUCCACCUCUGCCGGCCCGGUUGUGGGAGUCCUAUACCUCUCGACGGUGAAGCUCGCAUUUUGCAGCGACGAGCCUAUUGCUUGCCAAGCCGGCGAACACACCGAAUAUAAUUACUACAAGGUGGUCAUCAAACGGCAUCAGUUAAAGGGGGUCGUCCCUUCGACGAGCACAGCCAAGCCAGCUGAAAAGUACAUCCAAGUAAUUUCUGUCGACAACCAUGAAUUCUGGUUCAUGGGUUUUCUUCUCUACGAGAGCGCCGUGAAGAAUCUCCAAGGAGCAGUUCCAGCACCAGCCCCGGCAACCCUAACCUCAUAUUUAAGUUCGAACAAUAUAGAAUUCCAAUGAGAAGCUCACGGUUUCUUCU